AGUCUAUCUAUGAGUCUAUUCCGGGCACACCUUGUCUUUUAUCGGUGUGCUCUAAAUCUAAAUUCAUCUUAUAAUUUUGGUUUCUUAGUUGCAAUGACCUUUGUACUCCAAAUAAUUACAGGUAUCACUCUAGCGUUUAGAUAUACUUCUGAAGCAUCUUGUGCAUUUGCUAGCGUUCAACAUCUAGUUAGAGAAGUAGCAGCAGGAUGGGAAUUUAGGAUGUUGCAUGCUACAACAGCCUCUUUUGUAUUCUUGUGUAUUUUAAUUCACAUGACUCGAGGAUUGUAUAACUGGAGUUAUAGUUAUUUAACUACCGCUUGGAUGUCUGGUUUAGUUUUAUAUUUACUUACUAUAGCCACUGCCUUCCUCGGAUAUGUACUACCAUGGGGACAAAUGAGUUUCUGGGGUGCUACAGUCAUUACAAACCUCCUUUCUCCAAUACCAUAUUUGGUACCUUGGCUACUUGGAGGUUACUACGUAUCUGAUGUAACAUUAAAACGAUUCUUUGUAUUACAUUUUAUCUUGCCUUUUAUUGGUUGUAUUAUAAUAGUUUUACAUAUCUUCUAUUUACAUUUAAAUGGUUCUAGCAAUCCUGCAGGUAUUGAUACCGCGCUUAAAGUUGCCUUUUAUCCUCAUAUGUUAAUGACAGAUGCUAAAUGUCUAUCCUAUUUAAUUGGAUUAAUCUUCUUACAAGCGGCUUUUGGUUUGAUGGAACUAUCACAUCCAGAUAACUCAAUACCAGUCAACCGGUUCGUAACACCACUUCAUAUCGUACCUGAAUGGUAUUUCUAG